AUGUCUGAUCACGGGGAAGUCGAGGUCGAAAGCCCCGUUGCGGCUUUCAACGUCCUGCCCAAGGAUGUUAUCGCCGAGCAGGGUGCCGUCAAGCUCUUCAACAAGUGGAGCUACGAGGAUGUUGAGAUCAGGGAUAUCUCCUUGACCGACUACAUCCAGAUCCGCUCCCCUGUCUACCUUCCUCACACCGCCGGUCGCUAUGCCGCCAAGCGUUUCCGCAAGGCUCAGUGCCCCAUCAUCGAGCGUCUGACCAACUCGCUCAUGAUGAACGGCCGCAACAGCGGAAAGAAGCUCAUGGCCGUCCGCAUCGUUGCCCACUCUUUCGAGAUCAUCCACAUCAUGACCGACCAGAACCCUCUCCAGGUCGCCGUCGACGCCAUUGUCAACUGCGGUCCCCGUGAAGACAGCACCCGUAUUGGCUCCGCCGGUACCGUCCGUCGCCAGGCCGUUGAUGUGUCUCCUCUCCGCCGUGUCAACCAGUCCAUCGCUCUCUUGACCAUCGGUGCCCGUGAGGCCUCUUUCCGUAACAUCAAGAGCAUUGCCGAGUGCUUGGCUGAGGAGCUGAUCAACGCUGCCAAGGGUAGCUCCAACUCUUAUGCCAUCAAGAAGAAGGACGAGCUCGAGCGUGUUGCCAAGAGCAACCGGCCUAACCUCCAACAUAAAAUCCGUCGGGACCCGAAGUCCUAUGUCGAAGAUUUCCGCGCUCAACAUUACCAAUAUGAGAGUCACCGCGAGAUCUUCAUGGCGGCGCCAGCAUCUGCGGCCGACACAGGAAUUAUUUCGCUGCGAGAGCUGAUCGAUUUCAUCGCUCAUGUCGCCGACUGCUACCCCGAAAUCACCAAAGACUUCCCUCAAGAGCUCAUCGACAUCUUGUCGCAACAUCAUCAGGUGUUGGAACCAGAACUGCGCGAGAAGAUCGUCGGAAGCCUGGUUCUCUUGAGGAAGAAGGAUCUUCUCGACUCGGCGACACUGCUACAAACGCUGUUUCCGAUUCUUAUCUCGACACCUAGCAAGACGCUAAGAGCAUUGAUCUUCCAAAAGAUUCUGAUGGACCUCCGCUCAUCCAAUGCCAAGACGAUAAACCACAAACUGAACCGGACCAUGCAAACAGUCCUCUUCAACUUGGUCACUUCGGAUCGGACCUCAUCCAAGGGCUUGUGGGCCAUUAAACUCACCCGUGAACUCUGGAAGCGCCAGAUCUGGUCAGACGCCAAAGCUGUUGAAGUCAUGAAAGAGGCAAGUCUUUCCGAGAACGAAAAGGUCAUCAUCGGCGGCGUUCGCUUCUUCCUGGGCGGCGACAAAGAGCGCGAAGACAUGGAAGAUGAGAGCAGUGACGACGAAGCCGUUGAUAUCGGUCGGGUCAAACACCAGGUUGGAAUCAACAAGAAGACGAGAAAGCAGUCUCGCGCCGUGGAAAAGGCCAAAGCUACGGUCAAGAGAAAGGAGCGUAAGAAGAGCCAGCCCCAUCCUUUGAACUUCUCCGCCCUUCAUCUUCUGCACGAUCCUCAGGGCUACGCGGAGACUUUGUUUUCGAAACAUCUCCAGAACACCAAAGCGAAGCUUAAUUUGGAGCAGAAACUCCAGGUGCUUCAGCUUGUUUCCCGCCUGGUUGGAUUGCAUAAACUACAUAUCAUGCAUCUUUACUCCUACUUCCAGAAAUACCUUACCCCUCGGCAGCCGUCCGUCACAUCGUUUUUGGCAUCACUUGCGCAGGCUUCGCACGACCUGAUCCCCCCCGAUGAUCUCGAGCCUCUCGUCCAGAAGAUUGCCAAUGAAUUCGUGUCUGAGGCAUCGGCAUCGGAAGUGGCCACGGCUGGUCUCAACGCCAUCCGAGAAAUUUGUGCACGACAGCCUUUGGCCAUGAACGAGACGUUGCUGCAAGAUCUCGUCAUGUACAGGAAGAGUAAGGAUAAGGGUGUUGUUAUGGGAGCCCGAGGCUUGCUCAGUCUCUUCCGGGAUCUGAACCCGGAGAUGCUGAAGAGACGUGACCGUGGCAAGGAGGCAUCUAUGGGUCUACGGUCGGGAGAUAAGAAGGAGAAGCGAUUCGGAGAGCAGGAGACCGGCGGCAUCGAAGGACUCGAGCUUCUGGAGAACUGGAAGGAGCAGGAGCGCAAGAGGCGGCUGGCUGAGAAGGGCCUGCCUUCUGACGCGGAAGAAGACGAGGAGGAAGAUGAAGCAGCGAACUGGGCAGCUUGGAAUGUGGAGGAUGAUGAAGAUAGCGACGAUUCUGGGGAAUGGAUCAAUGUGCAGAGCGAUGCUGAAAUUGAGCUGAGCGACUCAGAAGACGAGAAAGGCGGUCCCCCUUCUAAGAAGGCCAAACAGGGCGACGAGUCUGGCGAGAAGACCAACCGUGACGCCACGGAGAACAAGCCCGAGUCGUCCAAACCCAGUAUCGCGACGACCCGUAUUCUUACGCCAGCCGACUUGGCCAAACUUCAAGAGCUUCGCACCGAAGCGGCGGUCAAUGACCUUGUGUCGGGUGGCAAGCCUCGUCGUGGACAGCAAGCGAACGGCACCCGCCACACAGACGACCCCCUGACGGCGGAGGAGAUUGAAGGACUGAACGCCCUAUCCGCCGGAAAACUCACCCGUGAAGAACGAAUUGCUCAUGCUAAGGAGGGCAAGACCGACCGAGCUGACCACAAGAGUGUGACGGCAAAGCGCAAGGAGAAAAAGGAGUCCGAGGGCAAGAGUACUACGAACAAAGAAAAGGCGCGCAGAAAGAACUUCCUUAUGACAUUGGGUAAAGCGCGGAGCAAGGGCAAGAGAAGUUUGGUGGAAACACGUAAUGUGCUGAGGGCUCAUCAAGACCGACAGAGACGCGGUGGUCGGAGAGGAAACGCUGGUAAUUAA